AUGGAAACUGAAGUGCUCAGCACCCUUAAGUUUGGGGACUGCAGCCCCCAGCAGGAUGGCUGCCCGUCCGACGGGAUGUCGUCGGAUGCGACCGUUCUGUGCAUAGACUCGGACGCAGAGGAUGAUGCGCAGUCGCAGGACGGCUUCGGGCCCGAAUUGGAUUCUCGCCUCAAAGAGAAAGGCCUUCAGGGAGGGCCAGAACAGAUAACGAGGUUUCAAGGGUCCCCUCUGUCACCAGCGCCAUGCGUCGGCAAGGGGCUAAGGGCCAUGGACAGGACCGCCAUGAACGGUGGCCAGCCCAAGUUCUUCGCGAAGAUGUCGGAUGCGGAAGUGCUGGGGGAGACGGCGUCAUUCGAAACUUUGGGAAAGAUCAGCUGCGGCAGAGAGCGGGAACUCGUCGAGAUUGCCGCGGGCGCGCCAGCUGCCUCUGCUCAGGGCAAGCGGGUGCUGUGCGAGGGUCCGCCUCCAGGCUUAUCCUGCGCACAGAGCGAGGAAAGGGGUGGAAAAUCCAUGCAGAGUGACAGCGGGAAAAAGAAAAAGGGUACCAAGAACAAGAAGAUUGCAAGCGCCUGGCAGCCCACAGAAGACCAGCAUAAGGUUGAAAACCGGCAUGCCUCUGAACUCAAAUGUCAGGCUGAAGCCAAGCAGCAGCCUGUCCAUCAAAAGGGCAGGCGCAGAGGAAGGCGUGGAGGGCGAGGAAGGAAACAAGUUGAGACUGAAGUCCAGGAAGAUGUUCCCAAGCUCGAGAAGGGCUUGGAGGAAGAGCUUGCAGAACAGCUGGCAAAUCAGGCUUCCAACGGCAGUGCAUUGUCCAUAGGCUUCUCAAGCGUAAGGCUCCAUGUUCCUGGUGGCAAUACAAUGAUUAUUUUGAAUGAUCACGAAUUGAGAGAUGGGACAACCCCAGACGAUAUUUUGGACAAGAUUGAGAGCAGUCUGCCAUCUCCUGAAGAAACAAUUAGAAGAAACCAUGUGGCUGGUGCUGGCAAGAGGGCUGGUGGUGCCCCUGAUGGCAGCACAGGGGCUCAAGGUGCUGCCUUUACAGAAACUUGUCACCACAAGACUACAUCCAAGGGAUGUGGGGCCUUCUUCCCACCUUCCCUGCUUAAAGAGAUGCUGAAUGAACCAGCAAUGGUUAACAGCAGGCGAAUGCAACGUCCAACACACAGAAGGAUGCACACUGAGAGGGCCGAGAGUAUGUCGUACGACCAGAAGUUGGAUAUCAAGGCACCUCCCUUUAUGCCAUUCUCUUCUUUCAGUCUCAACGACUAUAGAUCUGCUGGUGCUGAGUCAUUUGGAUCUUCUGAAGGGCAGGUGGCACUGUUGCCUGCAGAGAUUCUUCCGGAGCAAGCUGAAAAUAGCCAGAAGGCAAGGACAGGGACAGGGUGCUUCAUGCCCUUGUACAGCCGCGAUGUGAUUGCGAAGAGAGAAGAACCACCAAGGCACAUAGCACGAGUGUCUUUGGCAGAGAGCCUCUCAAGUCUGGAUGAUGUCUCAUUCUCGACAAGGAGGAAUCGCCUGAAGUUUGAGAUGCCCCCGCUUGAAACGCCAAAGGAUGUUUGCGAUGAUACCCUCUUUGAAGAUGAGAGUGACACUGAUAUUGAGAACAAGAGUGGAUCUGAGGCAAGCCUUGGUUUGCUGUCAUCGCCAAGGUGCCCAGUUGGGAACAAUGUGGGCGCUGUUCAGGGCGACUGUGCUAGGGUAGUGGUCGGUGAGCUGUCAGCCGCAGGGAGACCAGACAAUCCCCGUGAUGAACUGAUGCAGCUGCUGGAAGGGAGCAAAUUCACGUCAUUUACCAGUCCUCUUCACCUGGAGGAGACCUUGGAUGGCCUGCAAGAAGAGAGGGAAGCCCGGGAAAAUGCCGAGAGUCGUCUCGUCGAACUGGAAAUGGAGAAUCUCAAGCUGCGAGGAGGCAGUGGCAAGAUUGGUGACCUGCAGUCAGAACUUUCCAAGGCACAGGAGGUUUCACGUGCGAUGCAGGUGCUGCUGUUUGUUGCCCUUGCCAAGCCAGACAAACUUCGGUUCAGGCCGAAGGGCAUGUUCCAUGACCCCCCGAAAGUGGGCGAUUGUGAAGUGGUGGCUCCUGAAGGUAAGCGGACCAAGACUGUGAAGUCGACCGAGACUGCCAUUCCCAAGGACAUAGCCAGGCGCAGUGUUGCUGGUGCAGACACUACGAAGAAUUCUGCCAGAAAGGCAAGGUCAGUGUCCUCUUCGGAUCUGAAGAUGGCCGGGACCCGCCCUGGCCACGCCAGAACGGCUUCUGCAAAUACCCCCACGGUGUCCAAGGUGACUUCCUUGAGGGGUAAAGUGACGGAAAUCACAAAAACGACGACAGCCACCAAGUCGCAAACGACAACCGAGGAGACGACGACAACAAAGGAGAGGAAGACGAUGAAGAAGGCGUCGACCACUUCUCUCCCGGCUCCCAUGCGCAAAACCAAAUCCAUCCAGAACCGGUGGCACUGA